AUGCGAAAAGAUAUGGCUCAAGAGAUGACGCCGAUGCUUCCAAGUACGGUAAUCUCCAGCCGCGAUGAAACGCUUCGUAGACGUCAGAAAAGAUUGCUGGUAGUCGCGGUACUUUUAGCAACACCUUUGCUGCUGCUCGCGAUAAUCUUUAGCUCAAUGAGCGUUGCAUCAACGCCUGCUUCCUUAUUGACAGAAGUUCGUCAGCCACCUAUUAGCCUUGAUCUCGUCCAAGGAAAGGUAAUGAAUAAUUGUGUCGAAAAUUUCUUCAAGCAGACACUUGACCACUUCGACUUUGGGGCACUCAGCUAUCGACAACGAUACUUCGUCUGCGAUAAUUUCUAUCGCCCGGGAGGCGUUAUGUUUUUUUACGUUGGCAACGAGGCAAAUGUUGAGCUGUAUCUAAACCAUACAGGUCUGAUGUGGGAAAACGCCAAGGAGUUUGGUGCUAUGCUCGUGUUCGCAGAGCACCGGUACUUUGGUCAGUCGGUGCCGUUCGGCAAGGAUGUGACGAAGCACUUGAAGUAUCUCUCGACAGAGCAGGUCCUGGCUGACUACGCGAUAUUGAUAACGUACUUGAAGGACGUGUGGAAGCGAGAUAUUCCAGUCAUUGGUUUUGGAGGAUCUUAUGGAGGCAUGCUGGGAUCGUGGUUCCGAAUGAAAUACCCUCACAUCGUCGACGGCGUCAUAGCAGGAUCAGCCCCGAUUCUAUCAUUUCUCGGAGAUGAAAUUCCGCCAGACAAAGAGUCUUUUGAACGAAUUGUGACACGUGACGCGACCGAGACGGCAGGUUCUGCUCCUAAUUGUGCAGCGAACAUCCGGCGGUCGUGGUCGAUAAUAAAAGACCUUUUUGAGACAAAUCCAGGUCGUGUCCAGCUGAAAAACACGCUUUCUCUCUGUGAGUCUGUCAGGUUGGAGUCUUCAAACGAUUUGGACAAACUAAUGGAAUGGGCCAAGUCGGCGUUUGACUACAUGGCGAUGGGGAAUUAUCCGUAUCCGUCGUCGUACAUCAUGAAUGGCGAUAGUGUACUACCUGCGUACCCUGUUCGUGUGGCGUGCUCAUUCGUUGCUGACAACUUCGCAGCAGAAGACAAAAUUGGCCUCUUGUCUGCUUUCUCAAAGUCGUUGAGCGUGUACUAUAACAGCACGAAAGACCACGAGUGCUAUCAACUCAGUGCGUCAUCCAACGAGUCUGAUCAGGACUCAACCUUAUGGGAUUAUCUUUUUUGUUCUGAGCUUUACCAACCACAGAGCGUCGACGGCGUAAACGAUAUGUUCUGGCCUGUCCCAUGGAACUUUACUGCUGACAACGACCGAUGCAAGUCUAAGUGGGGCGUUGAGAUUCGUCCGUUUUGGGCCACGACGCAGUAUGGAGGUCGUAAAGCACUCAGGGCAGCAAGCAACAUCGUCUUUAGCAACGGAGACUAUGAUCCAUGGUCGGGAACGGGAGUACUUCAUAACUAUUCAGACUCGGUUAUUGCUCUAUCCGUUGAAGGUGGUGCUCACCACCUUGAUCUUAUGUUCAGCAACACACUUGACCCUCCGUCGGUUCUGGCCGUGCGACAGAUUGAAAAACAGCAUAUGCUUAAGUGGACCCGCGAAUUUUAUCAGCGCAAAGCAAGCGUCACAAACGAGUAA